UGCUCACUCUUUUUGAAAAUAAAGCAAGUAUUCGUCUUCUUUCUGCAGGUGCCGCCGCCAGUGCCGGAAGAUAACCUCUUGUUGGUACCCAGCAAUAGUGGUCAGUUGAUGUAUUCAUUUAGUUCACUCCAUCACGACGACUCCAGCCGACUGGACCAGCCGGAUCAGUCUGAGAUGCGGCAGAUUUGCACUCGUCUGCCCGCCCGGCCGGAACAACGAUCCUACCAGUUGAAAGCGAUACUGUCAAGUAAAAGUGAACAAUGCAAUUUGACCAAUGCAUUGACGAGCCUCAGAGAGGGCGCAGCAAAAUCUUUUCUGCCGACCGGGGGCAGGGCAGCCGAACUCGGUGAACAGGCUCCGGCUCCAGUGGACGGGAUACUCGCGAUCACGGAAGUGGAGGCUAAAUCCAACAACACUGAAAAGGCGGCGUGA